GGUCAGGGUUCAAGCACAGAAAAAAGUAUGAUGGCUGCCACGAAUCUGUUCAAGGACGUUCCUCUUGUUCCAACGGAUCAUGUCUUCCACGUUAAUUCUUCCUACCAGAAGGACACAAGCCCUGAUAAAGUAAACCUUGGAGUUGGCGCUUUUCGAGACGACGAUGGCAAGCCGUGGGUCUUGCCUGUGGUUCGUAAAGCAGAGCAGCAGAUGUGCCAAGGGAUCUUAGAUGGAACUUUGAACCAUGAAUACCUCGGGAUCGAUGGAYUGAGGCAGUUUAGCGAUGCAUCAAACAAACUCGUUCUUGGGGCUGACAGUCCAGCCAUUGCACAAAACAGGGUCUGUGGUGUCCAAAGCCUUGGUGGGACAGGCACCCUCCGUUUGGCCUUUGAAUUGUUAUCCAGGUUCUACAAAGUCAGCACAACUGCCUACAUUUCUAAACCUACUUGGGGUAACCAUACCAAGAUUUUAAAAGAUUCUGGAUACACUGAUAUUCGGGAGUAUCGUUACUAUGAUGCUGAACAUAAAGCAGUGGCAUUUGAUAACAUGUGGGCAGACCUGGAGGCUGCACCAGAAGGUUCCAUCUUCCUACUCCAUUCUUGUGCUCACAAUCCAACUGGUGUAGAUCUAUCCAAAGAGCAAUGGAAAAAAGUUGCAGAAAUUAUGAAGAAACGCCAGCUUUUCCCAGUAUUUGACACAGCCUAUCAGGGCUUUGCAUCUGGUAAUAUAGAAGAUGAUGCCUGGGCUAUCCGACACUUUGUUUCACAAGGAUUUGAACUGUUUGCUGGGCAAUCCUUUUCCAAGAACUUUGGUCUAUACAAUGAGAGAGUUGGCAACCUUUGUGUAGUCACUGUUGACAAUGAUACAGCUGAGCGCAUCAAGAGCCAGUUGAAGGCCAUCACAAGACCAAUGUUUUCUAAUCCACCCAAUCAUGGUGCUCGUAUUGUCGCUACUGUGUUGUCUAACUCUGCCUUGUAUCAAGAAUGGGUUGAAAACGUGAAGUUCAUGGGUGAACGUAUUAUUCAGAUGAGGCAGCUACUGUUUUCUAAACUAAAAGAACUGGGAACUCCAGGAAAAUGGAACCACAUUGUAGAUCAAAAGGGAAUGUUUAGCUUUACUGGCCUUAACUUGAAACAAGUGGAGUUGUUGACAUCAAAGUAUCAUAUAUACCUGCUGAACAGUGGUCGGAUCAAUGUCUGUGGUCUGAAUCCAGGCAAUGUAGAUCAUGUUGCACGUGCAAUACAUGAUGCAGUUUCUAAUGUUCAGUGAUGAUCUCACCUGGGCAUUACUGGUUUUGGAUGAUUGAAACCUAGUUUUAUCUUUAGGAAAUGUUUUAAACUCUUUUAUUGUUGGUAUUUGGAUUUUGAGUGAGAGGGUAAUAAUAUAUUUUAUGGUGAAAAUGAAAGGUAGAAAAUAAACCCUAUGGAUUGGUCCAUGACUUGUAAAUGACUAAAGAUUCACUCUCAAGAGUAGUACUCAUGUGCAAUAUAUUUUGGCUCUUUCUUUGUGCUGGCAUCAAGGCAUCUGAAGCAGAAAUAAAAUAAAACAAUAGCCAAGGAUAAUUAAUGCCCUCCAAAAAAAAAAAACCCUCACCCACAAUACAAGAAAAGACCC